AUGUCGCAGGCGGCCUCUGAAUGUGGCACAGUGGUGCAUCACUCUGAUGCGUCGACCGUGCCUCCGAUGUUUCAGCCGGCAUGGAAGGCGACACCAGCACGCGGUCGUGACCGACUGAAUGCGAUCGGCGGUGAUAUGUUUUCGCCGAUGAAGCUACAGCAAAUGUUUCUGACGCCGAAUGUCUCGUCCGAAAAGGAGAAUGCAGAGGGCCCGUCUAUGGAAGCAGCUCCCCCGACCAAGACGGAGUUCACAUUUCGAGCGCGUAAUGUCCCUUCGUCCACGCCGAUGCCGUCGCGCAGCUCGUCCAAAGGCGCGAUGACACGCACGACGCCAUCCACGCCCGGCGGACCACAUAUGCCGUUGCGGCUCAUAAACGUCCCAUUUGAUGCCAACAUUCGCAGCGGACUGGAGCAACUUGCAGAAGAAUGCAGCCGUGAGGCAUCACGAGAUGAGGAAGAGAGUCUUUCUGCGUCGGCUUCCCACUCGUCCCUCCAGGACCUGCGCCAAAACAAGCGCAUGCGGAUGGCAUCUCAAGAGACAAGUAAUGGUGGGCGCAUGGCACGUUUCCCUCUCUCAUACAAGAAUGAUAAUCAUCAAGCAACACCUGCACGACCUGUGAGUGGGUCUUUCCCUCGCUCGAUCCUCAAGGGCGGAUCGUUGGGCGAAACGCCACGGGUCCAGGCAUCGCGAUCGAUUAGUUUUAUGGACCAAAAGCAUCCACGCAGUACAGCUUCAAACGCAACGGCGCAGACAGCACGCAUGGACCGCAUGCUGCAAGAACUCGAGCAAAUGAAUCUCUCGCGCUCACAACCCGCGCCAGAGGACCGCUCGCAGAUGACCAAUGCAUCUUUCCGCAUCACGCGUGACAAGCUCGUCGAAGUGCUGACAGAUGCUGUGCCAUGGGAGCCUGAUUGGCGCACCCUGAAGAAGAUUGAUUUGCGUGCGCGGCAACUUGAGUCGUGCAUCGCCCUGAGUGAACAUCUCCCCCAUGUGCAAGAAGUGUGGCUCGAUCACAACCAAGUUUCGUUUGCUAUGGGCAUUCCGUCUUCGGUGCGACUUUUGACGGCCAGCCACAAUGUCAUGUCGGAACUGACAUCGUUCGAGCACCUCAAGCGGCUGCGUGUGCUGGAUGUAUGCCACAAUGAAUUUGCGUCGCUCAUGCCGUUCGUGCACCUCACAGAGCUACGCGAAUUGCGUGCGGACCACAACAGAAUCACCGACCUGCGCGGCCUGGAGCAGUGUACAUCACUGCGUCGGCUCAGUUUGGCCCAUAACGAACUCGGCGGCUGUGUGGAUGUCAGCGGCAUGUGUUGGCCGGCGCUCGAGUCCUUGUCUCUCGCCCACAACCGCAUCCAUACCAUCGCGGGUCUCGAAAGUGUGGCAGCGCUGCAGGAACUUGACGCAGACGACAACCAGCUCACGACGCUGCCGCUGACACGGACCAUGCCCCAGCUGCGUGUGCUGCGGUUGUGUGAUAAUACGGCCCUUGAUACGCUGGACGUAUCGUGUAUGCCACACCUGCGUGUUCUGUACGCCGACCGAUGCCGUCUUGCAUCAAUAGAGGCGCUCAGCACGGCCCGUGAUCUGCGACAUCUUUCGCUUCGGCAGCAAGGCACGCGAGUACGACUGCCUUUGCCUGUGCCCCGUUCCUUGCAGCGCCUGUACUUUAGCGGGAAUGCCGUCCGCGCUAAUCAACUAUUUCUGUCGCCCAUGCCCAGUCUGGUGUACCUGGAGCUGGCUGGAUGUCAGCUGACCAGCGUAUCAUCCGAGCUGCAAGACCAGACACCCGCGCUGCGCUCGCUCAAUAUGGACCACAGUCUCUUCACCUCGCUGCCGUCCCUGCGGCCAUGGCGCCGACUGAAACGCCUCAGCAUCGUGGGCUGCCGAGUCGAUACGCUAGAGUCCAUCGUGCGCAGUAUCCACGGCAUGACCGAGCUCUGCGUCCUCGAUCUUCGCACCAAUCCAUGCACGUUGGGUCUAUACCCCCCGAUGAUCCUGCCACUCAACGCACCUGAUGGUACCAGCGGCCCGCCUGUGCCGCAUCCGGCCAUCGUGCAGCCUGACGCCGCACGCGCCGCCGAACAGGCUGCGCAAACGCGGCUGCGUGCUGUACAGUCGUUUGCUGAGCGCUCACAGUUUCACAAGCGCACGAUGCUGGUCCCGCCGGAACCGACGGUCGAAGCGCCUGUGGCGUCGGAGCAUGUGAAGGACAGCGCACGGACGGCCAGCCUCUUUCAUGCAGCCGACAAGCACUUCCAAAGCACGCUGCCUGGGCACUUGUUGCAGAAACGCCGUGUAUACCGCGGACUAUGUGGUAUGGCCUGUAAUACAUUGACGUGGCUCGAUGGACUCGAAAUUGAUGAGCAAGAUAUCCUGCGCGCAGAACAACAGUUACGUCGCCUAGAUAGGGAUACAUAG